GUUUCAAUUUCGCUUAUCGUCGAGCCCCAACGACUAACCCAAUUACAGGCGCGCCCCAAAGUACGCAGAUAGACGAACCCAAUCACAAUGGCAGCCUUGUUCCUCAACCACACAUAAGUGCUGGGCCGUCUCCGAUUUUAGCUCCUCAAAGAUCAUCAUCUCCAACUCAGAUCACGUCACCUAAUGAACUUAAUAGUAAUGGCUGGAAACCAUGGAAUAAUAAUAAUGAGCCUUCAUCUCCUACAAAUGAAGACUCUACAUCACAAAAAGUUUUAGAUACGAAUAAUGAUACUGCUGAACGUGAUUCAUCAAAAAUUGCUGGAAGUGAAGUCAAAAAUAUCAUUUCUAAUCAAAUAAAUGGAAACGUAGACAGUGGUGGUAAUUGGGCUGAUCAAACACAACAUGAAUCUACUUG